GCGCGGCUGGCCGCGAGCGGGUGGAGCAGUGUCGGUGCGGCCGUUAACCGCCGGCUGAGGGAUCGCUGAGGGGACCCAACGGGCGGCUGAGUAGGCGGCUGAGGGGGCUGCUGAGGGGGCUCAUGGCUGCGUCGGACCGGAUGGUGCUGGCACCGCUGGUGGGCGCCAUCGAUCAGGGCACCAGUUCCACUCGUUUCCUGGUUUUUAAUGCAAAAACAGCAGAGCUCUUGAGUCACCAUCAAGUUGAGAUACAACAGAAAUUUCCUAGAGAAGGAUGGGUGGAACAAGAUCCAAAGGAAAUAUUAAAGUCUGUCCAUGAAUGUGUGGAAAGGACCUGUGAGAAACUUCAACAACUGAACAUACCCAUCGUUAACAUAAAAGCCAUUGGAGUCAGCAAUCAGAGAGAAACAACAGUGGUUUGGGACAAGACAACUGGAGAACCUCUUUAUAAUGCCAUUGUAUGGCUUGACCUGAGAACCCAGUCAACAGUUGAACGGCUUAUUAAAAGAAUUCCAGGAAAAAACAAAGCCUUUUUUAAGUUUAAGACUGGUCUUCCACUUAGCACUUAUUUUAGUGCUGUGAAACUCCGAUGGCUUUUGGAUAAUGUGGAAGAGAUAAAGAAAGCAGUUGAUGAUGGAAGAGCUAUGUUUGGGACUGUUGAUUCAUGGCUUAUAUGGAGUUUGACAGGUGGAAAGAAUGGAGGUGUUCACUGUACAGAUGUAACCAAUGCCAGCAGAACAAUGUUGUUCAACAUUCAUUCCUUGGAAUGGGAUCCUGAGCUCUGCCAGUUCUUUGAUAUUCCUAUGGAAAUACUUCCAAAAGUACGAAGCUCCUCUGAGAUAUAUGGUCUGAUGAAAUCUGGAGCUUUGACAGGUGUACCAAUUUCAGGGUGCUUGGGUGACCAGUCUGCUGCUCUUGUUGGGCAAAUGUGUUUUCAAGAUGGGCAGGCAAAAAAUACGUAUGGAACAGGUUGUUUCUUGCUGUGCAAUACAGGUCAGAAGUCUGUGUUUUCUGAGCAUGGUCUUCUAACCACAAUAGCUUACAAACUGGGCAGAGACAAACCUGUUUGUUAUGCACUAGAGGGAUCUGUUGCAAUAGCUGGUGCUGUUAUUCGCUGGCUGAGGGACAAUCUAGGUAUUCUUAAAUCUUCACAGGAAAUCGAAAAAAUGGCUGCGGAAGCAGGGACCUCUUAUGGCUGCUACUUUGUGCCAGCAUUUUCAGGACUGUAUGCACCAUACUGGGAACCCAGUGCAAGGGGUAUCAUCUGUGGCCUUACUCAGUUUACAAAUAAAAACCACAUUGCCUUUGCUGCACUAGAAGCAGUCUGCUUUCAAACACGAGAGCUUUUAGAUGCCAUAAACAAGGACUGUGGGAUACCACUAAAUCAGCUACAAGUAGAUGGGGGAAUGACCAAUAACAAAGUCCUCAUGCAGCUCCAAUCAGACAUUCUCUGUAUUCCAGUAGUAAAGCCCUCAAUGCCUGAAACAACAGCUCUGGGAGCUGCUAUGGCAGCAGGAGCUGCAGAAGGAGUUGGAAUUUGGAGUCUGAAUCCUGGAGAUUUGACAGCAGUGACAUGUGAACGAUUUGAACCACAGAUCAACCCAGAGGAAAGUGAAUUUCGCUAUGCCAGAUGGAAAAAAGCUGUGAUGAAAUCUAUGGGCUGGGAGACCUCUGAAGGUUCUUCAAAUGGUGACCCUAGUAUCUUCUCUAGUCUGCCUUUGGGGUUUUUUAUUAUGAGUAGCAUGAUAAUGUUUAUCGGAGCAAAGUACGCCUCAGGUUCUGGUAAAUGAGACUACUUAGUGGACUCUCUGGAUGCAGCUGAAUGUUUUUGUUUCAUUUUGUUUUAUUGUCUGAAGAGAUUCCAGCACCAAUGUGAUUAUACUACUUGUGUGACUAAAUCCAUUCAUGAAUCCAUCUGUUGCCGGUCCCUGAGUAACCUCCCAGUGGUACACUGAUACUUAAGUCUUCAGCCCUUCAUUACUCUCCUCCUUUCCCCUUCAACUCUAAGCACUCUGGAGGCCUUUGCGUGGACUAUCUCACAUCACCUUCUAAAAUUUCACAAGCCCUAGGUUUGUUUGAGAAAAUUGGGCUAUAGAAAACCCUGCAAUUUAUGAGGUGAUGUCAGAUAUUUAGCCAUCCUUUUCUGGCUCUUGGUACUUUAUACAACACACUACAGACAGUUAACAAUGCACUACAAAACUUUGUAAACAUCUUGCAAUUCUUCCAGCUCCUGUGAAUUACCUUUCAUAUGUCUAUGAUUGCCAAAGAUGUUUUAAUGUAGUGACCACUAACCUGAAACACCUCCAAUGGUACAAGUCUUUUAAACACUAGCUCAAAACAUAUUCUCAGCAACAGACAUCGCUACUGGUUUGGCAAUGGAGAGGUUGCUGCUGUGGUCCACAGAGUACUGUUGAAACGGUCGGUUACAAAGUUGAAAAGUUUGGGUUGCCUUCUGGCCUAAGUACUCAG